AGCAAGAUGCCCAAGGGAAAGAAGGCCAAGGAGAAGAAGGUGGCCCCGGCCCCCGCCGUCGUGAAGAAACAGGAAGCCAAAAAGGUGGUGAAUCGUUUGUUUGAGAAAAGGCCUAAGAACUUCGGCAUUGGGCAGGACAUCCAGCCCAAAAGAGAUCUCACACGCUUCGUCAAAUGGCCUCGUUACAUUAGGCUGCAGCAGCAAAGAGUACCUCCUGUCAUUAACCAGUUCACACAGGCCUUGGACAGGCAAACAGCUACCCAGCUGCUCAAGCUUGCCCACAAGUACAGGCCAGAGACAAAGCAGGAGAAAAAGCAAAGGAUGUUGGCCCGUGCUGAGAAGAAAGCUGCUGGCAAAGGGGACGUCCCAACUAAGAGAACACCUGUCCUUCGAGCGGGGGACGUAGACCCCAUUGAGCUGGUGGUCUUCCUGCCUGCCCUGUGUCGAAAGAUGGGGGUCCCCUACUGCAUCAUCAAGGGAAAGGCCAGGCUGGGGCGGCUGGUGCACAGGAAGACAUGCACCACUGUAGCCUUCACACAGGUUAACUCGGAAGACAAGGGUGCUCUGACUAAGCUGGUGGAAGCUAUUAGGACCAAUUACAACGACAGAUAUGAUGAGAUCUGCCGCCACUGGGGAGGCAAUGUCCUGGGUCCUAAAUCUGUGGCUCGGAUUGCCAAGCUGGAAAAGGCAAAGGCCAAAGAACUCGACACUAAAUUGGGUUAAAUGUACACUGCUAAGUUUUCUGUACAUAAAUAUAAUUACAAACUUAUCU